CAGGAGAUCCGGAGGGAGUUGAGGACACCCGACUUCGCACCCCGGCCACUUUGGCUCAUAUAGACGUGGUCCGUCAAGCUUCCUGGAAGGCAGUUUUGCUCACACUGCUUCGAAUACUGCAACACUCGUGAUCUCCUCUCCGGCAUGAAGGUUAUACAUGCGUGUUGUUUGACCGUUGUUCUGGUCGGAAUCCACCCUGGCGCUGCACUCGUGCCAGGAGGCGAGAAACCGGUGACGCAGCUGACGAAGUCCAGAGAGGGUGUCAGUGACAAUUCGUCUGUGGCAACCUGGUACUCGUACAGGAAAUGCCAAGGUACUUCACUGUCGUGCAAUUUGGAUUCCACAUGGCCAAGCUGGUCAGGGUGCCCAGGUAUCAGUCCCUGGUCAAAUCGUUGCCACCAGGCCACCCUCGCCAUCGCCCAGUCUAUAUGCAGUGCAAAUGCGAAUUGCAUGGGCAUUACGCGCGACGGGGCAGGAUACGAGCCUAGGACAGGUCCUGGACCCUACUACCAUGUGGCAGCGCUCGAAAUGUGGAUCAAAUACACCCCCGCCCCGACCCCGUACCCGACGCCCUACCCGACGCCCUACCCGACGCCUUAUCCGACGCCCUACCCGACGCCGUACCCGACGCCCGCCCCGACGACGUACCCGACGCCCUACCCGACGCCCUACCCGACGCCCAACCCGACGCCCAACCUAACGCCCGACCCGACUCCCUACCCAACCCCCAACCCGACGGCAUACCCGACGGCCUUUCCGACGUCCUUCCCCACGUCCAGCCCGACGCCGAGCCCGACGUUUCUUCCGGGCUGGCCGACGCCUCACCCGACAUUUCUUUCUGGAGCUCCCAUGGCGGGCGGAGCCGGCGGUGUGGCUGCCACUGGCGAUCCCCACCUGCAAAAUGUCCUUGGUCAGCGAUUUGAUUUGAUGAAGCCGGGCAAGCAUCUUCUGGUAAACAUCCCUCGUGGAAGGCAGACACGGGUAUUGCUUCGCGUUGAGGCGGAUGCGCGCCAAUUGGCUGGACAUUGUGCGGAUAUGUAUUUCGAGGAGUUGAAUGUUACAGGGGCUUGGGCAGAGGCAGAACACGCUGGAGGGUAUCACUACGUUGCGUCGCAACCUAUCGUCGGGACUCAAGGAUGGAUUGCCUUUGGUAAGGUUGAGCUGAAAGUUGUUCAUGGGCGCACGCAAAGUGGGCUCCCAUACCUGAACUUCUACGUCAAGCACUUAGGGCGAACCGGUUAUGCAGUCGGAGGCCUACUAGGAGAAGACGAUCCCGGAGACGUAACCAUUCCUGAGGCGGGGUGCAAAGGGCGUGUGUCCCUUUCGGAAUCCAAGUAGAGAGACUCGAGUGACAAGGCUGAUACCUUCGUUGUCGGAAAGCAGCAGCAGCAUCGGUAUCCUCAUUUCUGAAGUGUUCCGUACAUAGUCGUCGCCGUCGUGCUCCCCUCUCUCCAUUCAUUUAACGUUACAUGGUCUAGUGCAGAGGCCUCUUGUCGGGAGGGAACAGCCUUCGACACAAGUUCAACCAAGAACAAGCUUCGCUUGUGUGGUGGUGGGCCGUCUUGUGGCCCUCCUUAUCGGAGCCGGUGGCCUCAUCGGACCGCAUGUAUCGCUCUGUCGACAUUAAUGCAUCCCCUUGCCCCCUUGGAAUGUUCACGGGGGGAUGCGCCGAGGAUAUCCUCGCAAUCCUGGGCUCCGAGAUGCCGCGCGAG